UAGCAUGUAUGCAUUUUGCUUUUUUUUUGAAUUUUGUGAUGUGUGUGCUACCUAAUUGUGUGAAUUCGUGUUGAUUUGGGUGAUCUGUUGUGCGAAUUUCAGCAUUUGUGCAAUGGGAGACAUUGAUAAAGCAAUGCCUCAAGUAGGCAUGCGGUUUAAAAAUCCAGAUGAAGCUUGGGUGUUUUGGGUUGCAUAUGGGGGUCGUGCAGGGUUUGAUGUGAGGAAAAGAAACAAAAAUGUUAGCAAGUUAGAUGGUCAAGUAGUGUCAUGCAGAUUUGUUUGUUCCAAUGAGGGUAUUCGGAAAAAAAGAGAAAUAUUGGAUCAUGUGCCAAAGCGUUUGAGGGCUGAAACUAGGAUAGAUUGCAAAGCUCGGAUGACUAUAACGUUGAAUCGACUUGCACGAAAUUAUGAAAUCACUGAUGUUGUGUUGGAACACAAUCACUUUCUUCAAUUACCACAAACAUGUCACUUGAUGGCAUCACAAAGGAAGAUUUCUGAAAUGCAAGCUUUUGAAAUAGAAAUCGCUGAGGAUUCUGGAAUUAUGCCAAAAGCUGCACACGAGUUUGCUUGUCGUCAAGUUGGUGGACCACUUAACCUCGGCUACGCUUGUCGUGACCAAAAGAAUCAUUUGCGAAGCAAGCGGCAGAGGGAGUUGGCUUUUGGACAAGCCGGUAGUAUGUUGAAGUAUUUCCAUGACAAAAUCGUUGAGAACCCAUCUUUCCAAUAUGCUUUGCAGUUGCAUUGUGAGGAGCAUAUAACCAACAUAUUCUGGGCUGAUGCUAAAAUGGUUCUUGACUAUGCACACUUUGGUGAUGUUGUCACAUUUGAUACUACUUUUGGCACAAACAAAGAAUAUAGGCCAUUUGGUGUUUUUCUUGGGCUCAAUCAAUUCAGAGAAACCACCAUUUUCAGUGCUGCACUGCUAUUUGAUGAAACAUGUGACUCAUUUAGAUGGUUUUUCGAGACUUUUCUAGCUGCACAUAAUGGAAGGCAACCUAGAACUAUUUACACGGAUCAAGAUGCAGCAAUGGGGAAAGCUAUUGGGAUAGUCUUCACGGAAUCAUAUCAUGGAUUGUGCACCUUUCAUAUAAUGCAGAAUGCUGUCAAACAUUUAACUCAAGUGAAGGGUCAAGAAAAUGAUGAAGGUAAAGAGAAAGAUGAGGGGAAAGAUGAAGACGAGGAGUCUCAUAUUCUCACUGAUUUUAGUCAUUAUAUGUAUGGUUAUGAGAACAAAGACGAAUUUGAAGAAGCAUUUGACAAUAUGAGACAAAAGGUGCAUAAGCAAUCUUGGUUAGAUAGUAUGUACAAGCUGAAAGAAAAAUGGGCUGAAUGUUAUAUGAGAGAUGUUUUCAGUUUGGGAGUGAGAAGUACACAACUUAGUGAGAGUUUCAAUAAUUCAUUGAAAAACCAUUUGAAAUCAGAUUUUCAUAUUGUUCGGUUCUUGAUGCAUUUUGAGAGGAUGGUAGAAGUAAAAAAAAGAACGGAAUUGCAAUCUGAAUUUGAGGCAAGGAAGAAGUUACCAAGAAUCAAGAUGCACACACCUAUGUUGGUGCUAGCAAGCAAAGAGUACACUCCGGUUAUUUUUGAAGCUUUCCAAAGUGAAUAUGAAAGAUCCAUGGCUGCAUGCACUAGAAUAUUGGAUGGAAAUAACAAGUUUGCUAUUUCUAUUGGGAGUUUGCAUGGUGAUCUGAAAUUUGAGGAGGAGCACAUAAUGACAGGUGAUCCUUUGACCCAAACAGUUUCAUGUAGUUGUGAAAUGUUCAAUAGGACAGGAAUAUUAUGUGGACAUGGUCUCAAAGUUCUCGAUUUGAUGGAUAUAAAGACCUUGCCAACACACUACUACUUAAAGAGAUGGACUAGGGAAGCACGUAACGGAAGCAUACUUGAUAGACAAGGAAGGAAUGUGGUAGAAAAUCCAAAGUUGGAAGCUCAGCUUCGGUACAAGAAUUUGUCUCACAAAUUUCACACAAUGGCAUAUAAAGUAGUCAACUCUCUAGAAUGUUGUCUCAUGUUAGAAAAUGCACUUAACAACAUUGGUCCUCAACUAGAGGAUAAACUCAAUGCAACUACCAAUACUAUGGAUAAGCAAGGUAGUGGCCAAGAAAAUGUUGACCCAAAUCUUCAGCAAACAAAUGAGUUUCUUGCUGCUGCAAAACUCAAGAAAAAGGAGGUUCCAUCAAAAAAUUUAAGGAGAAAGAAAACUUGGCUUGAUAAGUUACUCAAGGGAGGCGGCCAAUUCAAGUUGCUGCAUCCAAAAACAGAGGAGCAAAGCAACGAAAGAAACAUGAUGGUGUAGAGUCUCAAGUAGGAGUGGAGAAGGAUGACAACAAUAAAGGAGCAAAUCUAGAGAUUCAAGGGUGUGACACCAUCAUCAGUUACACGCAGCUCUUGACGGACGCUAUUUAUGAUGAGCAUAUCUUCUAG